GUCUGCGCGUCGUCGGCGCCAAAAAAAAGAAUUGUACUCUAGUACUCAAAAGGAGAGCAAUCUAGAGAUUAAUCAUUGUUAUCAUUGCCGAAAUCGGUCUUCCCCGUCUUCCCCGUCUUCCCCGUCUUCCCCGUCUAAUACAAGCCAAAUUAAAGCAAAAUGCCGCGGAAAGCGCCAGAAAUCUCCAUAUUGGACAUGUCCGUCGCGAGAUCAUCUGCCAGCGAGACCACUGUCGAGUCAUCGAUUCGCGAGGUCCAAGCUACCCCGGAUAGGUCGAAAUCCACCACCGGAAAAGCCACUCGGAGACGCCGUCAGAAAGAGAACGACGUCGAAGAAUUAGUGGAGUUCACGAAACUCAAGGGUCGCCAGCGAAUCGCUGCGAGUGAAGCGUUGGAUAAAGUCAUUCAAGGCCUUCCGUCGCUUACCGACAUCAAAGAAGAGGCGAUCAAGACUUACAAAGACAAAAUUGAGUCGAUAGACCGGAUACUGGAAAUCCUCGGAGAUGAUGCGAGUCGAGUUCCGCUUGACGCACUCGGCGACUUCACCGUUCUGGCUCUCGACCCAAAACCUUUCGCGGUUGCGCUGGAGGAGGCUGCAAAGGAAUACGAGAUGCGGAGUCCGGAGCCGUCCGAAUCAAAACAAAUGAAAGAAACGAUUCGUAGCAAGUUGAAGACCAGCACUUCUUUGACUCGGGUCAAUUCAUGCGUCACCCCGUCGGGCAAGAAACCGUCGACGUCAAUUGCCGCUUCUAAAGCAGCGCCGAGAGUUAGAAAUGAGCCGACACCUCUUCGAAACAGGGGAAGAUAGCUCGAUCUCCAUGAAGGAUGACAGAGGAAGUCCAAUCAGAAACCGUUCCAAUCCUUCGUAAUGCCGGACGGAAUCGGGGUGCCGCGAGCACGACUAUCGAGAAAGCAUCUUCACAUCAUGUCUGAUCCCGUGGCAUUCGACUCCGGAGAGUUCGUCGGUAUUUUAAGCCCACAGCCUGGCUACUAGUUCCCUCAUGUGGUUGGAGGCACCAAACAUCGCAGAUGUAAUCAUGGUCGGGGCCGUGGAGGGCGCCACCGAGCUCGCAUCGUGUGCGAGUACCUAACGUUCGGUUCAUCGUUGGAUAUCAUUAGUGAACUUGUUUUCUCGGGACCGGUGUUGCUGACUCGGCACUUCUGUAGCGAGCCAGAAAAUUGAAUUCGAAUGACAAAUAAAUAGCUCAACGCAUACUGAAAU